CUGUCGCUUUUUUUAGGCCUCCUCGCCAUCUCCACACAUGUACGACCCGCAGUCGGAUCUCCAAUAGCAUCUGCAGCGGAAACAGACCCUGCAUAACCGGCAUUAGGCCCCUCGUCACUCCAUCAAUAUUGAAUUUGAGUCACACGCAUCCGAAGACUUUGGCCAUUUUACCACAUCUCACCACCACCACCUGGCAAAAGCAAUCCCCAAAGAGAAGAAAUGUCUCUGACCAACGCCACACCGCUCGAGGUUGCACAGGCAGCUAGACUCGGGUCCCGGAAACUGGCCGUCCUAUCUACCGACGAGCGGAAUGCGGCCCUGACAGCCAUCCACGAUGCACUGGCGAAUGCCAAGGAUGAAGUACUAGCCGCCAAUGUUCAGGACCUCGAGGCUGCCAACAAAGCUGCAGCAGGAGGCACGCUCAGCGCGAGCUUGGUAAAGAGGUUGGAUCUGGGAAAGCCAGGCAAAUAUGAGGAUAUGCUCCAGGGCAUACUGGAUGUGCGAGACUUGGAAGACCCCAUCAACAAGACAACUGCGAAGACACUGCUUGACGACAAUUUGGUCCUGUCGCGAAUCACGUGUCCAAUUGGCGUACUGCUCAUCAUCUUCGAAGCACGACCCGAAGUCAUUGCCAACAUUUCCGCGCUUGCAAUUAAGUCUGGAAAUGCCGCCAUUCUCAAAGGUGGCCGCGAAUCCAGCAACAGCUUCGCAGCAAUUGCAUCCAUCAUCUCAAAGGCCUUGGCGUCAACUGCAGUACCAUCAGACUGUCUCCAACUAGUUCAGACCCAUGAUGUUAUUGCCGACCUCCUCAAACAAGACACCUACAUCGACCUAUGUAUUCCCCGUGGCGGCAACAAACUAGUUCGCUAUGUCAAAGACACGACCACGAUCCCGGUUCUCGGCCACGCUGACGGCAUAUGCUCCACCUAUCUAUGCUCAGACUACCCUGCAGACAAAGCUACCAAAAUCAUCCUUGAUGCAAAGACGAGUUAUCCUGCAGGUUGCAAUGCACUUGAACAACUUCUUGUAGAGGAAGGAGCCCUCAGCACCAGUCUGCCCAUCAUUGCAGAAGCACUUUUACAAAAGGGCGUCUCUCUUCGUUGCGACAAUGCGUCACUGGUCGCACUCAAAGGCAAAUUAGAUCCCCACUCGGCAGCGCUACUGCAAGAAGCAGGACCAGAAGACUACGAUACCGAGUUUCUGGACUACAUUCUUGCCAUCAAGACCGUCUCAAAUGUUGAAGAAGCUGUUUCUCACAUCAAUACACACGGAUCUCACCAUACCGACGCUAUCUUGACUACAUCAGAAGCCACGGCCAAAUCUUUUCUUGCAGCCGUGGACUCGUCUAGCGUAUACUGGAAUACGUCUACGCGCAUGGCUGAUGGGCAGAGAUAUGGAUUUGGGACUGAAGUCGGCAUCAGCACGAACAAGAUCCACUCGCGAGGGCCUGUCGGGUUAGAAGGCCUGACGAUAUACAAAUGGGUAAUUGUAGGCGAUGCACAGGUGAGCGCCGAGUACGGGGCUGGAGGCAGGCAGUGGAAACACCAGCGCCUACCUGUCGGUGACGAGGAGAGCAUUGCGCAAAACGAAGAAGAGAGGGAGAUUUUGAGGAAGUUUAGGGCGAGUAAGGCAUGAGAUACACGUAGCCACUACUCUGUUGUAGUGUACGUACCUGAAUCAAGUAGUAAUCACGUGAUUACGUAGUAACUGCACCAUUAAGAUUACAUACUACAUUCCAAACUCUUGGCUCUCCAUAUCUAUCAAGAUAAAGCAGCGAUACCGAAGAUCGACGAUCCCGGGCCUC